CCGCGCUGUGACUAACUGACGGUGGUGUCAGUCGGUCGGUCGGUCGGUGGUGCCGCUGCUGAGCAGAAAAACGGGAGAAAAGAUUUAUAAACUGGCACCAGAGAGAGAAUUAACUCUUCAGUUCAUCCCGAACUCUCCAGAGGAACACACCUGAGACAGGCCCUACACACUGAGUGUAGCUGAGGCAGCAGCAGCGAUGUCGGGCUCCUACGAUGACUCCAUGAUCGAUGUCUCCAGCGACAGCUUCUGGGAGGUGGGAAACUACAAACGAUCAGUGAAACGGGUCGACGACGGCAACCGGCUCUGCAACGACCUGAUGAGCUGUAUUCAUGAGCGUGCACGCAUCGAAAAGGCCUACGCACAGCAGCUCACAGAGUGGGGCAAGCGCUGGAGGCAACUCAUAGAAAAAGGGCCUCAGUACGGCACGCUGGAGCGGGCGUGGUCGGCGCUGUGCACGGAGGCGGAGAAGGUGAGCGAGCUCCACAUGGAGGUGAAGUCGUCACUAAUGGGAGAAGACUACGAGAAGCUGAAGAACUGGCAGAGAGACGCCUACCACAAACAGAUGAUCGGAGGAUUCAAAGAGACGAAAGAGGCGGACGACGGCUUCCGGAAGGCUCAGAAACCCUGGGCCAAGAAACUCAAAGAGAUGGAGACAAUGAAGAAGUCGUAUCACUCUGCCUGUAAAGAGGAGAAGCUGGCAGCCAGCAGGGAGACCAACAGCAAACUGGAGAGCAACAACAACCCAGAAGCCCAGAAGAAGCUCCAGGAGAAGGUGGAGAAAUGUCAGCAGGAGGUGCAGAAGACUAAAGAACGCUACGAGAAAUCCCUGGAGGAACUGGACAAGCUGACCCCUCAGUACAUGGAGAACAUGGAGCAGGUGUUUGAGCAGUGGCAGCAGUUUGAAGACAAACGGAUCCGCUUCUUCAAAGAGCUGCUGCUGGAGGUGAAGCAGCACCUGGACCUCUCAACCAAUCACAGGUUCCAGACGGUCUACCACACGCUGGAGGACACCGUCUCUGCUACUGAUGCUGAAGAGGACCUGAAGUGGUUCCGGUCCAACCACGGGCCCGGCAUGCCCAUGAACUGGCCCCAGUUUGAGAGUUUGGACUGGUCCAACCCUCGCUGCUUUAAGAGAAGGUCCAUUGUAGACUGGUCCAUAGACCUGAACCGGACCCUCAGCAGGCGAGAGAAGAAGAAACCGUCAGAAGGCGUCACGCUGACGGGGAUCAGUCAGACUGGAUCAGACCAGCCGCUGCAGACCGCCAAGACCAGCAGCAGCCUGACCGUGCCCACUAACACGGCACCAGUGGGCACAAACCCGUUUGAUGAAGACGAGGAGGAGGAGGAGGAGCAGGAGGAGGAGGAGGAGGUGGAGGAGGAGGUGGCCGUGGAGCAGCAGACCAUCAACCACCACAGAGUGAAUAAAGAGGAAAUAAAAACUGCGAGCAGCGUGGAGAAGACUCCUGAUUGGUCAGACGAAGACACCGGCGCUAACCCGUUCUCCACCAACGGGGACGGGAACCCGUUCGAGGACGAGCCGACCUCUCCCCUCGUAUCUGUGGCGGUCAGAGCUCUGUACGACUACGAGGGCCAGGAGCAGGACGAGCUCACCUUCAAAGCAGGUGAUGAGUUCACUAAGAUCGGAGAGGAGGAUGACCAGGGUUGGUGUAAAGGCCGGCUGAAGGACGGACAGACGGGCCUCUAUCCUGCUAACUACGUGGAAGACAUCCAGUAGUGAAUCAAUGUGAAGAAAGAAGAACGUGGUGUGUUUAGCCAAGUGACAGUGCGGCUGGAAUGAGAAGCCCUCAUGUUUUUCUUCCUGUGGUGAGGACGGACGUGUUGGAGAAGUUUCAGAUGAUUAAAGGACGCUUGAAUCGCCUCAGACUGACAGGACAAAGAUGGAAACCAAACCAAGAGUUUCCAGAUGAUUCCAGGCGAAGAAGAUCACAGAAAAAAUGCUGUCAGUGUAAGAUAUGUUACUUAGAAUCCCAUUUAUGCUGUUACAAAAAUAAUAGCCUUUCAAAUAUAUAUUAGAUAAGUGAAAUUAAUGUGUGAAUUUCUAUAUUGUUUAAAUGAAACACUGGGAUGACGCGCGAUGUUACAUGCAGCCUUAAUAUCCGCCACUAUGGAUCCAUGGAGGGAGACGACCCUUUUUAUUACCAUAAUUAUCUAUUUUAGGUUUCAAACCAUUAGAAUCCAGUCCAUAAAUGUUAAUUGUUAGAUUUCUUUGGGACUAAGUGGACCCUAUUAUUUAGUCAGAGUCUCCUGAUUGUCAUUUCUUUCAGGUUUUCUGUUUUUCCAUUCAGUUCAUGAACUGUUCUGGUUAUUUCAUACAGAAUGAUGAAGAGUAGAGCGUUACUGACGUAGUCUUCAUUUGUUUCACCGUGGGUCGGUUCCUCUAGUCACUGCUAUUGAAUGUAUAUUCACUGAUUGUAUUUUUGUUCUCUUUCUGUAACCACUGACCCAUUAACCCCUGAACAAACUGUCCUCCAGCUUUUCACACCAACCUCUCUACUUCCUGUCAGUCGUAGAUUGUAAUAUUAUUAUUUUAUGGGUUAUUUCUCAUGCAACACUGAAGGUUUUUCACAAACUCUUAUCUCACUUGAAUCUCCAUGUUUUAAUUCACUCACUUGUUAAAUGUCAAGCUUUGGGAGAAUAUUUUACUGUUUGUUGCUGUUGUUUUAAAAAUAAAUAUAUAUAUAUUACAGUUUAUAGCAAUAAACCCACAGCCAAGCAUGGCACUGCAAACUGCAUGUAAAUAGCCUGGAUGAGACAUAUUAGAACAAAUGAAGCAUCAAUAUCAGAUGAUAUGUAGUUGGAAAUUGAUGAUUGUUAAUUUAUGAUGCCACAAGUGCUUUGUUCUACUCUGGUUAGAAUGCUGUGACUGAGAAUCACUUUGUAUAGUAAUUGAAUGUUUUAUGGCAAAUAUCCCUUGAAUCUGUUAUUUUGAUAUAUUUGUAAAUAUGAUUAUUUUUCCCAUCACAGAGGGACAUACUCAUUUAAUUAAUCAGCAAAUAUGUGAAUAAUUGAUCAUUUCCCUUCAGGAGCUAUGAAAUGAAUGGUUACACCUGAUUUCAUAACUUUAACACAUAUAUUUGGAUCAUCAAGUAUUUUGUAGGCGUGCAUCUCUGCAGAGAUAAAUUGCUGGCUUUUUCACUUUUGCAAGCUCCAAAUCCAUGAAUUGCCCCGUGUAUUGAUGAAAUAAUUAAAAAAACAAAUCUAUUUGAUGACUUUUACUGCAGCACGAGAGGAAGAUGAAUUCUGUUUGUCUUUAAUAAUCGUGAGAAACGUUUUGACGUGUUUUCAGGGCAUGCUGUCGUCAAAACGCAGCAACAGCUGGACUUCACAGGAAGGUUUGCAAAUGUUGUUGUUGUCCCACAACAUAAUAAAUGGAUUUAUUGGAAAAA